UCCAAUCCAAAGUCUACAGAAACAAAGAUACUCCAGUAAAGAAUAGAAAACAAAGUACUCCUCGCAAGUCUCAAUAAUUAAAUUAUUACUCGCAGCUAUAUCCUCAUCUUCAAAUAGUGAAGCGAAAAAACUCAGCCGAGUAUCAAUUUCUUUUCUCUUUUCUAAUUUGUCCUGUAGUGGGGGAGGAGUAGUUGGUAUAGAGGAGUGGGGGGUGGGGGUAACCCCACAUCUCUUUAUUCAUAUUUCCCUUUUGUGUUGAAGGGAUCAGAUUGCAGAGGAAACCUGAUUAGUCUGACAAGAAGGCAACUUCUCAAAGCUUAGAGAGCUACUACCCAAAGAUAGACAAACAUGUACAAUCGAUAAAAGGAGAAAUACGACAAGAAAAAGAAGGAUAUUCUUGAAUGAUUGUGAAGGGAUUUUGAAGUCAAUCAAAUUUAUUGUUAACUGCAAUCUGGUGCUAUGUACUAUCAAGGAACCUCGGAUAAUAAUAUACAAGCUGAUCAACAUCAUGCUAAUAUUCAGACACUUUAUCUGAUGAACCCUAACAGUUAUAUUCAAGGCUACACUGACACACAACAACAACAACAACAGCAGUUGCUUUUCUUGAAUUCUUCCCCAGCCGGCAACGCGCUCAACCCCGCAAAUAUACCCCACGCGCCGCUGCAGCAGGCGCAGCAGCAGCACUUCGUCGGCGUCCCUCUUCCAGCCGUCAGUUUGCAUGAUCAGAAUCAUCAUGGCCUUAUCCAACGUCUGUGGAACAACCAAAGUACUGGAAGCCAUCAUGAAUCCCAUAUGAUACCGUCGUCCACGGUGGUUUCUGCCACGUCAUGUGGUGGAACCACCACGGACUUGGCCUCUCAGUUGGGGUUCCAGAGGCCAGUAGUGGUGUCCCCACCACAGCACCGACUACAACAACAAGGUGGACUAUCACUAAGCCUUUCUCCUCAACAACAACAGCAAAUUAGCUUCAAUAACAUUUCAUCAUCAUCACCAAGAUCAAAUAAUGUUAUUAGACGAUCAUUAGAUGGAGCUUCCAGCAUGAUUUUAGGCUCUAAGUACCUUAAAGCUGCACAAGAGCUUCUUGAUGAACUUGUUAAUAUUGUUGGAAAAGGUACCAAAGGAUAUGAUCAAAAGAAGGGGGAAAAUUCUAUGAACAAAGAGUCUAUGCCUUUGGCUAGUGAUGUGAACACUAGUAGUGGUGGUGGUGAAAGUAGCAGCAGGCAGAAAAAUGAAGUUGCUGUUGAGUUUACAACUGCUCAAAGACAAGAACUUCAAAUGAAAAAGGCCAAGCUUAUUACUAUGCUUGAAGAGGUGGAGCAAAGAUACAGACAGUACCAUCACCAAAUGCAAAUAAUUGUAUCAUCAUUUGAGCAAGUAGCAGGAAUUGGAUCUGCAAAAUCGUACACUCAACUUGCUUUGCAUGCAAUUUCGAAGCAAUUUCGAUGCCUAAAAGAUGCAAUUGCUGGACAAAUAAAGGCCACGAGCAAGAGUUUAGGUGAAGAAGAAGGCUUAGGAGGGAAAAUUGAAGGGUCACGACUAAAAUUUGUAGACCAUCAUCUAAGGCAACAACGUGCACUGCAACAGCUAGGAAUGAUGCAACCAAAUGCUUGGAGACCCCAACGAGGUUUACCUGAAAGAGCUGUCUCUGUCCUCCGUGCUUGGCUUUUCGAGCAUUUUCUUCAUCCUUACCCCAAGGAUUCAGACAAAAUCAUGCUUGCGAAGCAAACCGGGCUAACAAGGAGCCAGGUCUCCAACUGGUUCAUAAAUGCUCGAGUUCGACUAUGGAAGCCCAUGGUAGAGGAAAUGUACUUGGAAGAGGUGAAGAAUCAAGAACAAAAUGGUACUACUUCAGGAGAAAACAAAAACAAAAACAAAAAUGAACCCAGCAAAGAGAAUAAUAUUGUCUCAAAAUCAAAUGCUGUGCAAGAGAAACAACCAAUUACUAGCAGCUUAUUACAAGAUGGUACUAUUCCAACAGAAAUUUCCACCUCAACUAUUUCAACUUCCCCUACUGCAGGUGCCUCACUUCAAGCACAAGCUCACAACUUCUCCUUCCUUGGUUCAUUCAACAUGGAAAAUAAUACUACCACUGCUGAUCAUAUAGAAAACAAAGCGAAAAAGCCGAGAAAUGACAUGCAGAAAUAUUCUCCAAGUAGUAUUCUUUCAUCAGUAGACAUGGAAGCAAAAGCUAGAGAAUCAUCGAACAAAGGUUUCAAUAAUCCUUUAAUGGCAGCGUUUACGAUGGGAGAUUUUGGAAGGUUUGAUCCUCAUGAACAAAUGGCUACCAAUUUUCAUGGAAAUGGUGUCUCUCUUACUCUAGGGCUUCCUCCUUCUGAAAACCUAGCCAUGCCAGUGAGCCAGCAGAAUUACCUUUCUGACCAAACUAUUGAGAUGGGAAGUAGGCCUGAAAUGGGAAAUCAUUACAAUCGAAUGAGCUAUGAAAACAUCGAUUUUCAAAGUGGGAAUAAGCGAUUCCCUACUCAACUAUUACCAGAUUUUGUUACAGGUAAUCUUGGAACAUGAAUACAUGAUCUGUUGGACGUGUGAAUAAAGCUGAAAAGAAAAAGGAAGUUAGGGAUACUCAUAUAGAUUGCGUGAGGCCUUCUGGCCCAAGUCGGAGGACCCAAUACAACCUAGCUAUUCUAGGAGAAAAGAGGUGGAGACAAAAGUAACAAAAUUUGAAAGCACACUUUCUAGUUUAUACUUCUUUUUUUAUAGUAUAGAAAAGAAGAGAUUUUGUGCUUUAGGGUAUAGAUACAGUCUACUUAGUAUAGGUUAUACAUCCAGUUCCCGGAGAAGAUACAACUAGUAUUUCUUUCUAUUUGGGUUGAAAUAGCUUUGCUUGGCUAUUUAAGUUAAUGUGGAAACUAGCUAGUAUAUAUAGUGUAUGUUGUAAAGUUGUGAUAUUGUUUCCUCUCAAUUUGCAAAUAAUUUGAAAUAUUAUGCACCUA